AUGGCCAAUAUGGAUGGAUCAUCAUCCGUAUUGCCAAGUAUAGAUUCAUUUCAAUUGCAUGUACCGUUAACAUCGACUCCAAAACGUUCCAAUAAAUCUUACAGUUCACAACCACUAUCAUCGACUUUAUCCAAGUCUCCUGAUUUUUCUACACAAUUUGAAUUGUCGAUUUCAGCCAUAACUUUAAUUCCACGAUCGCCAGGAUCAUCGUAUCAAAAGAUAUAUCGAUCGAGUCGUUCUAGACGCAGUCAUAUACAUCCAUCGACGAUCAUUAAACGUAUUGAAUUGAAAUAUUUAUUAUAUUCAACAAGAGCUGUGAAAAAUAAUAAACAACACCAAUAUACAGAGACGGAAAUGAAAAUUUAUGUUAUAUAA